AAUUCGAAUUUCUGGACUCGAGCUUCUUCGUCUCUCGAUCGAUUUUAAAUAGCCGCUAUCACCGAGACGGCUGUUCGAACAAUCGAGUUAAAGUUAUUUUACAACUGACCAGUGGACAAUUUUUAAUGUGGAUCAAGUGCUCCUUGUCGCUUCUCGGAAUACGUAAUGCAAGAUCAAAUGAAUGAAUGGCGCCUCUUAUACAGUAUUUAUGGUUCAAUGAUCCGAAACCGCUUGCGUCAACCCAACGAUUUGUCAUUAUGCGAACUCGACUCGCGAGAUAUAUACAUGACGUUAUUGCACUUAUUAGCUGGACUUAUGAUCGACGAUGCAUAAACUUGAUUGGAUUGACAUAUUUUUCGUUUGAUUGAACGUGCCUAAUUCGAGCGUUAAACUUGCUUUACUCAUAUUUAAAUCAUGCAGUGAAUUUCGAAUGUCUACUUUCGAAACUGGCGCCAUCUAUCGGUUCAAGCUUCGACCAAUAAAAAAAGCUCUUAAGCUCGCUUGAAGGUAGACGGACGACGGAAAGUGGUAUCUUAUUGGGCGAAGUGUCCACUUAGCAGAUGCGACUGUGGAAUCAGCUGUAAGCACAUCAGCUGAUCGUUCUAUAUUCUUUGUACGCGUAUCGCGAGCUGUCAGUAAUCGCUGUGUAUAUAUAAAAUAACAUCUUUAAGGCUUAAUAUCUUUUGUGAACAUUAUAACUAUUUAUUAACAGAGUAAAAUGGCAACAGCAAGUGAAAUAAGCAAGGAAAAAAUGCAAGGAGAUCAAGUUUCUACAGAUACACAGGAAGCAGAUUCACACUUGAGAUGUGAGUCUCCUAAACGAGGAACCACUCUAUCCACAAGCACGAGUAGUUUCGAAGCCCUGGAUCCACAUGAUCCUAAUCUCAGUCGCCUUGCUAAUACCAUGUUUCAAAAAACCAGUGAAUACUUGCAAGAAGAACUCACGGCUACGCAUGCGGAUUACAGACUUCUAGAGCGAAUGAACAAGGAAACCAUAGCAAAGUACGCUGAACUAAAAACCAUAUCAUCUAAUGUUUCUCAGUCAUUAGAUCUACUCAACCAAAAGUACAAAAAGCUACAGCCUGUCUUGGACAAUAUAAACCAAAUAGACGAUAGUGUGACAAAAUUGGAGCAAGCGGCUUACAAACUUUUAGCAUACUCCAAUAGACUGGAAGCCAAAUUUAAAGACAUUGAAAAAGAAGGUAAAAAGUGAAGGUGGAGAUCACCAAUAGAUUGGAUUAUUUUCAAUAUCAUGAGAAGAGCCCAGCGCUCUGGCUAAUACAUUCUUUUGAACAAUGUUCAAAACAAUGCCUGUGAUUUCACUGAAACUAAGUAAAAUUAUUUGUAUUUAUAAGUUAUGUACAAAUUAAAAAAUGCAUUUUAAUCAUCUAGUUCAGAUCUCAUUGUGUAAAAAAAUGAUCUGUUUAUUUUGAAGAAAAAUUGAAAUUCAAUGUGUUGAAAAAUAUUUUUAAUGAUUUUUGUUGUAAUCAAUGAUGUAACUACUUUUUGCAAUAGUAGGACAUAAAAUAAAAAGAAUAAAUAUUUUUCAAAGAUUAAUAUUUAUUAUUAGCUGUUUAAAUCAUAUAUGGGGUACGAAUUAUUAUCCUCAAUAUUUCACUGUCUAUUUAACUAUGAUUCAAAUAACAAUAAUUUAAUACUUCAAACAAAACAAGGUGUACAAAAAAUUAUUUAAAAAUUAUAUAGUUUUUUAUGCAAAUUGCAUUCCUAAUUUCUCUGACUACACUCUUUAGCUAAUUUAUGGUAAUACAAUAGAAAUUCCUUAAUAUGCUAUAGUUCAGACCUUUCAUUCAUUUCACAUUCCUAACAUGUUAUGUUUUUGUUAUAUAGCAUUUUCAAGACACUGUACGGUAUACGCAUAAGUAUCAGUUAAUCAGGGGAACACAAAAGUGAGGCAUGACUAAUCUGUCACUAUUUUUGUCUGAUUCUCUAAUUAAUUAGAAACCUCAAAAGACUAAAAUGUACAUAUACUUGUUAAACAAAAAUAAAAUACAUAAA